AAGUUCACAUCCGCUUCUCGUCCAACGGAUCUCAGCGCGAGAAGCAGCUGCAGCUGGGGAUGGUGUCUUUGUUGUUUCUCCGCAGCUUCGUGGUAUAACGUGUCUUAGUUAGUGUCUCCCUGUGGUACAACCUUGGAUGCAAACAACGAGCAUUGUGUCUCCGAUUGAGUAACGUGAUGUUUCUGGCUAAAUGUCCUGUUUUCUUCUUUCUCAUCUGGUCACAAGCUGCGGCGGCCCACGUGGAGUCGCCGACCAACGUGACCCUCCACUGCCGCAAUCUGCACAAUGUUCUGGAGUGGAGUUACGACCAACUCUCGCCAGGGCUUAAAUUCAGAGUCAACAUCGGCUCAUAUAUAAAUAUUUCCCAUAAUGUGGUUUGGGUGGACUCACCAACUCGUCAAGCUGAUGUGUCAUUUCUCUCUGACCCAAAUAAUGAAUACUUUCUAACUGUAACUGCUGUGAUUGGACCGAAUGAGUCUGAACACGCCCCUCCUGAUGGAAUCGUUUUCAGCUAUUUCAAGGAUUCUCCAGCAAAUCAGAUAUGUUUUGUGGACCUCCCACCAGUUAACGUCACUGCCCAACAGGAUGACACUAUCCUGUUUCGCUUCACGCAUCCCUGGUUGUUGUACCACCAAAAGUUGCCUGGCAAUCGAAAUCCAAAAAUGAAAAGACACGGCGCACAGUUCAGCAGCACACAGCUACCUGUAUUUACGUACAACGUUGUGAUCAUCAAUCAGAAGGAGCGACACUACAGCUUCAAUUGUGAGGAGAGUGUGUGUGAGGAAAGGCUUGAUGUGGAUGCUGCACAGGAGAAACACUGUCUGAAGAUCAGGGGGGAGCUGGAGAAAAUGGCAGUUCAAGCCACACAAGAAUACUGCACCCUGCCAUUAGAUAUAACAUCACAUGGGUCAAACAAUUACAUCUACAUCAUCGUGGCUAUUGUGUUGGCCUUGGGUGCAGCUGCUUUUGGAGUCUUCUUCAUGGUGUACCAAAAAUGGACCAGACCCUCAACUUCUUUACCACAAUCUGUAUCAAUCACGAGUCGACUGAAGCAGUGGACCUUUGGAGUGGUUCAAGAGUCGAUCGUUGUGCCUCAAGUGGGGCCUAGCUCACCCACACCUCUACUGUCAACCACAGAAGAGAAAGAAUUCCCACCUAAUGUUCCUUUUACUACUGAGCCUGACCCCUUUCUGCACAAUGGGGGGUUGUCAACCAAGGAUGAAGGUGUUUGUGAUCUCAUGGAAGCAGAGAAUGACGACGCACCUGGGUACAUGAAAGGCGGCAACUUGGAUGAAGAUGAGACACCAAACUUCAGUGAGCCUCCCUCUGGUUACGAGAGACGUCCAGUGGUGGUUGAAAUAGCACCAGGUGAACAGGUUGAGGGCUACCGUGGUGGUGGAACUGGUGUCCUCUGAACACUGCGGAAUAUGCACUUUCCUGCAAUCCUGCAAUCACCUGUCAUGAAACUAUGAAAAACUGUAAUCUGAGCAGCAACUUGCAAUGGAGUUGUGAUUACAAAUUUAAGUUUGUGUUAUUUCACUGUCACACCAUCUCAAUGCCAAGUAAAAGUAGAAUCAGGAACUUCCUUCUUGUUGGUACACCUUGACAUGAGUUACAUUUCUCUUUGCACUUAUAUUAAUAUGUCAAAGCAGUACAACAAGCAGCCUUUAAGAAAAAAAUUGCAAAGCAAGUGCAACUAGAGUUACACCAGGCUGAUAAAGUCAAAUGGAUAAAAGUAAUUAUCAAAUCAGUCACCAGAAUGUUAACAGUGCAGUAAUGUUGUCCAUCUAUAUACAGUAUAUAAGUACUAAAUUUCUGAUAUUUGUGUUUCUACCCUUGCAGCCUAUGGUCAAUCCUGUGGCAAUCACAAACUUUGCAGGCCUAACUGUGCUAGUAGGUGAGAAAGUACCUCAUAUUAACAUGAUAAAUUACAUCAUAGUACAUUGCAUUCACAUGGCAGACACUUCUGUCCAAAGUGACUUAAAAUAAGUGCAUUCAACCUCCAUAAAAACAAGAGCUCAAAUCAUAAGUGCUUCAGUAAGUGUUCAUGCUAAAUUCCAGCAUGGGGUGUUGAGAUCAUUACAGUUUAUAAAAUCUGUAUUUUUUUAAUGGGAUCAACAAAUAGGUGGGCUAGUUGUAUCCUAGCAGCCAUAACUAGCAAAUCUAGAAACUGCCACCCAGAACAUUGUUACGUCUUGUAUUGUCUGUUGCACGUCUCUAUACUCUGUUUUGUUUGUUUUUUAAACUAACUUUUCUCCCAUCAGUGUGUGCCUGAAUGUAGUUGCAGGGAUUUUAACUGUUGCUUUAAAAAACAACUAAUCCUUCACUUGUUACCUGUUAGCUUCAUCACGUACAAACUCAACUUUCAAGACUUCACUGCAGUGAAUCAUAUACAAUGAUUAAAAGGGACUUAACUGUGCUUUAUCUCCUGUACUACAUUUUGAAAUACUAACAAUAGUAGUAAUAAUAACAUUUACAUAUGCGUUCAUAAACAUUUCUAUCAUACAGUAUCAUGUAUUUUCAUCUGUUUCAUGCACGCAGGCAAUCCCAUAUCUUACAAAUACUGAAAAUGUCCUCUUGCUUAUUUGCACUUGUGUGUUUUCUACCUUACCUUGAACUGUAGCACCUUAAAGUCGCAGUGUAAUGGAAGUUAGAUGGUGUUUCAACUUCUGUAAUGUGAGAUGAAUUAAAAACUUUAUUGAACAAUUAACACAGUGACACAGACUUUGAAUUUGGAACACUUAUUUUGUGUUUCAUUUGCAGUUUAAGAACUGCAGUUAAUUUUUUUUUUCAUGAAAUGAAUGGCUAUCUUGCAGUGGAGGAUACAGUGAUGUGAUGUAACAUUAGGCAGUCUUUUAUUUUUACUUUGUAUUGUGCCUUCUUUCUGUGUCAGUUUUUGAGUUUAUAUAUAUAUAUAGCACUUAUUUUUGUUUUGUAUUUAGGGAGAGAGAAUUUGUAUUACUGGUUUGUGUAUUUUCUUUUGAGAGAAAGUUGUUUUUCAAAACUUUGAGAGAGAUUCACCCAGAGAAGUGUUAGUCAGGGCGGCAGUUUAUGUCUGACUUUAUUAAAUGCGUAUAUAAAUAAACCUGCUGUACCGUUGGAUCAA